UAAUGUUUGUCACAUUUGUUCUUGGUAAUGUCAUAACCGGUGUUUAAUUUCAUAACAGUAGCUAUUGUUUGUACAACAAACGGUGUGCGAGAUUCAGAGGAAUCCUCUUAUGCUCGAGUCGGUCCUUCUUGCAUAGUAGCGUGGUGUAGUGCCGGUGAUACACAUUACUAAUUAAUUGAUCAUAGUGUUCUGUGUUUAUUUACCGUGAUGGCGGUCUCUGAAUGGACUGUGUUCGUGCUUCUUUUAACUAUUAUUAAGUACACAAUAGCAGAGCGUCAGAUGUCGGAACGUCUAGAGUAUUUGAUGGAAGACCCUCCUCUGACGAGGUCUCUUGGGUUCGCGAUACGGAAGAGGUUUGACAAGACCUUAGAAGAUGCUCGUCUCAACCAGGAGUACAUGUAUAGAUACCAGGAGAUGCUGAAGGCUAGCCAGGAGUCGUUUGAGAACUUCGAGAGUCGCGAUGAACGUAGACUGAGGAGAGUCGUUGGAGAUCACAAUUACCAAGUUAUGAGAGAAGCAGGAGUACUCGACCGUCGCCGCAACGCUCCUCGCUUCCAGUCGGCCAUAGGCAGGCGACGGGCGCGCACGCAGGCCCUGAGGCGGCAGAAACUGAACAGCCAGAGUCUCAGGAGUCAUCUGCAACAUUCUCGACAAACCACCGCCGAUUAUACCGAAUAAUUCAUUGCCUUCCUAGUCAAUAGAACAUUUCAUAAGACUUGUAUAUUAAAUAGACUACAAAAUAUAUAAAAAUGCAUUCAUAGGGACACGACAGAUAGCAGAAAGCGACUUAGUUUU